AUGCAGCAUCUGAGCAAUUUGGUAAUUUUUGAUCUUGGUGAAAAUGGGCUAAGGGAUACCAUACCAGCUUGGAUUGGGGAAAUGUCAUCAAAUUUGAUGUUUCUAAGAUUUCAGUCAAAUAACUUCUAUGGAGGUAUUUCUGACAAGCUCUGCCUACUCUCAAAUCUUCAAGUGCUGAACCUGGCACACAAUAACUUAACAGGAUAUAUUCCUCAUUGUUUUAACAACUUCUCAAUGAUGGUAUCAAGUGAACAUGGAAGCAUUCUCACGAUAACUUACGAUACCACCAACCUUCAAAACUAUAAGGGAGGAAAUGAACUUGAGUACUCCUUUGGGAACCUUGUGCUCAUUAAAUCCAUAAGCCUCUCAACAAAUAAUUUAGUGGGUGAGAUCCCUGAUGGGAUAAUGGAUCUGGCUGGUAUACAAACUUUGAACCUUUCUCACAACCAUUUGACUGGAAGGAUCUCUGAGAAGAUUGGCAACUUAAAGCGACUUGAAACGCUAGAUCUAUCAAUGAAUGAAUUCUUCGGUGCAAUACCUAACAACUUAUCAACAAUAAACUCAUUGAGCUUCCUAAAUUUGUCACACAAUAGCCUUUCAGGGGAAAUACCAUCAGGAAAUCAACUUCAGACCUUAACCGAUCCAUCCAUCUAUGAAGGAAAUAAUGGACUUUGUGGCAAGCCACUCCCAAAGAGCUGCCCCGAGAACAAGUCACCAGCCAAAAAUGAUCCUAUCCUAGAUGACAAAGAUCAUGGUGAGUUUGAUUGGUCAUGGUUUUAUGCUGGUCUAGGACCUGGUUUUGCUCUCGGCCUCGUGGGAUUCUUGGCAAUCCUUCUCUUCAAGAGGUCUUGGCGCUAUGCAUACUUCGAGUUUCUGGAAAGUGCAAGUGACAGAAUUGCCGCAAUGAUAGCAUUGAAGACUACUCGGCGUGCGAGGAACUUCCGUUGA